AUGAAACGAGCUCGUCCUGGCGCCAGAGGUGUUUCCAAAGUCAAGACUGGAUGUCGGACAUGCAGGAUCCGACGCAAGAAGUGUGAUGAAAUCAAACCAGCAUGUUCUCAAUGUGUCAACACCCAAAGGACAUGCGACUUCUUGUCGUUGUCUCCAAAGGUGGAGCAGAGAUCAUGUGUAGCUCUCAAUCAUCUCGAAGUGCUGCAUUUCGAUUAUUUCAAGAAUGUUUGUGCACCUGAGUUCUCACUCUAUUUCGAAGAUCCUCUCUGGGAAGGCAUUGUGCUGCAAGCGGCUCUCAAAGAACCUUGUAUUCAGUACGCGAUCCUGGCUAUUGGUUCUUUGAGCAGAAGCCAAUUGGUCCCUGAAUCAUGGCAUGAUGCAGUUCAAUAUUCUACGGGGCAAUAUAAUCUGGCAAUCUGGGUACUGAGAAAGAAUCUAGAUAUGUCUGGGAGCUGCGAACUUGCUGUCCUAGCAACCAUUCUGUUCAUUGCCAUUGAGAUGCUGCAGCGGCAUGGUAAUCAAGUAGUCACUCUGCUACAUUUCUCAUCCGAGUUAUUGAGAAACAAAUCAGAUGAUGAUCUGAAGUAUCUUCGAACGGCGUUGUCUCAAAUAAGCACACAGUUAUCGGCAUUUCUCGACUUGGAUGGUAGUGCUUCAUUGGUUCGAGCGAAUACUGCCUUCACGCUACGAUACAACGAGAUCUCCUAA